ACCCAAUAAAUCAACUCAAGCACAGCAGCUCUUUCUCCUGAAAUCCUUCUACGUUCUACGACAGAAAACUGUAGCAAGAAUUGCAUCAUUAUACUGCUUAAAAAACAUUCUUUUCAUCAAUGGAGAUAGAAGCAGUUCUAGCAGCAGCAGAAGGAGCUGCUAAGGCCUGUGAUUUCUCCCCGGACCUGGAAACUGGGAUGGUGGUGAAGAGCAGUCCCAGUAAUUGUGGAGUAGAAGCUGAGAAAGGUGGUGGAUAUCUGGUUUGGAAGUGUUUGACUGUGGUGAUUCCAAACUUUGGAGAUGGACCAACAAAAAGGUUGCUUAAUGGCAUUACUGGUUAUGCUCAACCUGGUAGAGUCUUGGCUAUCAUGGGUCCUUCUGGCUCGGGCAAAUCCACUCUUCUUGAUUCUUUGGCUGGUAGACUUUCUUCGAAUCUUGUCAUGACCGGUGACGUCCUCCGUAAUGGACGAAAAGCAAAGCUCAACAACGGUGCAGCGGCCUACGUAACACAGGAAGAUUUAUUAAUGGGAACUCUUACGGUACGAGAAACAAUAACAUAUUCAGCACAACUGAGGUUACCCAGCAACCUUACACGAUCCGACGUAGACGAAAUCGUAGAAAACGUGAUGAUGGAAAUGGGGCUUCAAGAAUGCGGCGAUCACCUGAUCGGAAACUGGCACCUGAGGGGCAUUAGCGGCGGGGAGAAGAAGAGGCUGAGCAUUGCGCUGGAAAUUCUUACGCAGCCUCGUCUGUUGUUCCUCGACGAGCCCACCAGCGGUCUGGACAGCGCCGCCGCGUUUUUCGUCGUACAUGUCCUGAAGAACGCCGCGUUAUGUGGCAGAACGGUCGUCUGUUCCAUUCACCAGCCGAGCAGUGAGGUUUUUGCUCUGUUUGACGAUCUUUGCCUUUUGUCCUCCGGCGAAACCAUUUAUUUUGGAGAAGCGAAAUCAGCUGUUGAGUUCUUCGCGGAUUCUGGAUUUCCAUGCCCAACCAGAAGGAACCCGUCUGAUCAUUUUCUUCGUUCCAUCAAUUCUGACUUCGAUCAUGUCACUGAAACGCUUAUUGGGUCUCAAAGGAUUAAGGACCCUAGAGAAUCUUCGGGUUCGACAGUAUAUUUGCCUACUUCGGAGAUCAGGGCAAGACUUCUUCAGAAGUACAGAUAUUCAAAGUAUGCCAGCCGCACAAAAUCCAGAGCUCAAGAGAUGUCUUCAGUGAAAGGAUUUGGAAUUGAAGAUGAACUAGGUGGAAGCCAGGCAAGAUGGUGGAUGCAGCUUGUGACAUUGAUAAGGAGGUCAUCCAAAAACAUGUCCAGAGAUUUCGGAUAUUAUUGGUUAAGAAUCAUUAUCUAUCUCAUCGUAUCCACUUCCGUUGGCACCGUGUUCUACAACGUCGGGACUAAUCAUAGUGCAGUUCUUGCGAGGGGCGCUUGCGGAGGAUUUAUUUCAGGGUUCAUGAGUUUCAUGUCCAUUGGUGGCUUCCCAUCCUUCAUUGAAGAAAUGAAGAUAUUUUAUAAAGAGAGAAGAAAUGGGCAUUAUGGAGUUGGGUUGUUUAUUCUGUCAAACUUUAUAUCUUCACUCCCAUUCCUGGCUUUAAUGUCAUCUAGCUCAGCAGCCAUUACCUACCAUCUGGCAAGGUUUCACCCCGGCUUCUUCCAUUUCAUAUACGCUGUGAUUAUGCUUCUAAGCUCCAUAGCUGUUAUAGAGAGCUGCAUGAUGGUGGUGGCUUCUUUUGUUCCUAAUUUCACUAUGGGACUCGUCAUUGGAGCUGGACUUAUUGGGCUUAUGAUGGCUUCGUCUGGGUUUUUCCGGUUAUUGCCCGAACUUCCAAAGGUUUUCUGGCGAUAUCCAGUUUCAUAUGUGAAUUUCAUGUCAUGGGCUCUGCAGGGAGCAUACAAGAACGACAUGCUAGGUCUAGAAUUCGACGCCAUGAACAUCGGCGAGCCAAAGCUGACCGGAGAAGGAAUCAUCACAGGGAUUCUUGGCCUAUCUGUGGCGCACUCGAAGUGGUGGGAUUUAGCAAUAGUCAUAGCCAUCCUCAUCAGCUACAGAGUUUUAUUCUUCAUUGUUCUCAAGUUUAGGGAGGGAGCAUUGCCGUACGUCCACAAUCUUCACACCAAAACUACUCUCCAUCGCAUCAGCAAACGGGCGUCUUUUAGGAAAACGCCAUCUUUUGCGACGUCAAAGAGACAUCAUCACGCUAUCAACUCCUUGUCUUCCCAAGAAGGCCUUAAUUCUCCCAUCAGUUGACCACACUAUACUUGAGUUACAUUGUAUGGUUUAAUAUCAUUUGUCAUGCAAUACUUUGUCAAAAAGUAGUUCAGUUUAUGAUGAAACUUGUGAUUAUGCCCUCCUCUAUGCAGUGUCAUCAUUUUUAAAUCAUGAUGCUUAUUGAUUAGUUAUAAUCAAACGACAGUAAUAAUACUAGUAAUAAUAUAAUCUAAUUUAAGAGGA